AUGUCUUUGCGCGGGCCCAUGCGACGGUCGCACCUGAGGCAAGUGAGCGCGGCGAGUUUGGAGAGCAGCUCCACCCACUCACUGGAGGCUUCGAACCGUGACCACGACCUCGACCAAGCCACAAAUGGUCGGACUGUCAAGUUGUCCUCAACAAGCUGGACACGGCACCAAUGUGCACUUUGGGUGCACGAUGAGACGUUUUCGCGUGAAGAGAUUUUGUUGAAUCCAUCGGCCUUCGGCGAAACUGAAGUGCAAAUUGGGGAUGUCGUCGAGAUCCUGCCCGUGCGGGGAUCCGGCGAUGCUGGUUAUUCUACCCUGAAGCCCGAGGCAGCCUUGAAAGCUGCUCGUGAGAGUCAUACCGAACUCAACCCGGCGUCUCAAGCGGAUAGCACCUCGAAAUUCAAGACUCCACUGCAGAGCCGUUGUCUAUUCGUGGUGAAGGCCUUGCCACCAGAAACCAAGGCUCGGAAUCCUCAAUUAGAGAUUUCAGUAACCAACAAUAUUGCCAACAUCUUUGGUUUCAAGAAUAGAACGCAAGUUCUAUUAUCGAUUGUGGAUCGAGACCAAUGUGCGGCAUCUCACGUUGACAUCGCCUUUCGCGAUCAAUACAUGGUCCGAUCGGACAUGUGGAGACUAGUCAUGUCGGAGUUAUCAGACAAAAUCAUAUACAAAGGACAAAAGAUCAUGUUUAUGGGGAGCAUCAAAGCCACUGUCAAAAACAUCUUUAUCCGAGAGAAGAAAUGCCUUUCGGGAUAUUUCUCGCCAAAAACGAUCCCUAUUUUCCGAAGCGAGUCCGCUAAAUAUGUCCUAUUCAUCCAAAUGUCAAAAGAAAUGUGGGACUUCGACUCGGAGGGGACCGGUGACAUCCUCUUCAGUCGGGUUAUCAAUGGUUUUCUGCCGGAGCUCUUCAAGAGAUGGGCUAAUUCGGACGCAAAGCAUUUGGUGACCAUUGUGCUGUUCACUCGAGUCGAAUACGAUAAGCCCAACAAUUUAAGCCAGCCUAAACUCAGUGCUGGGAACUUGAACAGCAAAUCCGGACCAAACAAACUUCCAACUCGAGAUUUCUACCGUGUGGUAGUGAAUGAUAUGGCAAGCGGCCAUUGGACAACCAUUCUAGACGAGCUGAAAAGGGAAUUCAGAACCUUUUUGCGCGAUGUGUCAAUCCUGAAACCGGACGACAUGGAUGCUGCAUCUGGCAGUGGUAUCAAGGGCCCUUCCAAGCCAAACCUGGCGACCAUUGCCGGGCACCCAAGUUCAGCUCUACGAGGAAACAUCCUAGAGGCCAUCCAUCUCGCCUCUGCUCACCUGGCUUUCGACCACAUCGAUCGAGACAUGGUCCACACUGGCACCUCAAUCAUUGUUAUCACACCCGGUAGCGGCGUUUUCGAGGUCUCUUACGAGUCCUUGGCUUCUACAACAGAAGCCCUGGCGAACCGAGGUAUAGCAAUUGACUUGGUCUGUUUGAGUCCGAUGCCUCUCCAUUCUGUGCCACUUUUCAAAUACCGGGAGCCAGUGGAGCGACAUUCUAGGGAUUCGGAAGGGGUUAGAUCCAGCGAAGUUAACAGGGAUAGAAUGUCUCCUGAGAUACAUCAUUCCCUUUCAAGCGUUGUUAGCAGAUCAUCGUAUCUUUCUCCAAGCUCAUACCUGUCUGCAACUAGAAUGAGGGAACGGGCAACACCUCAAGCCAAAGACUGGAGCUUUGGUAUUCCUCAUUGGCUUGACAUUUCCUAUUGGAACCCUGAAACAUACCGAGAGGCCCGGCGAAUCUUGAAAAAAGACCCAAAUGCACCUAUCUCUCUUACCGUCACUCGGCCAUCGAAGGCGUUCACGCCCCGAGUGCGUAUGUAUGAGAUCCAAAUGAUGGGAGUCAUGGAGAGUGAACAAGCAAACAUCACAAUCCCUUACCUUACUGAAGGGCGCGGUGGAACAAGCCCUCGUGGAUCUUGGCCGGCUUACAAUUCUGGUAAUCGUGCUCCCCCUAAGCCCCGUUUCACGAAUCCUUCGUCUCUCAAGGCACAACUUAGUGAUAGUCUUCGCCCGGGAUCCUUCGUUCAGAACGCGGCAGACCAAAAUGAACAGACUCGAGAUACGCAAAGUUCACGCAAAGAAGUGAUGUCUUGGAUGGACCAAUAUGAUGAAAAUCUUUUCGCUGUCUCUCCGAAACGGCUGCAGGCUAGCAAAGCGCCCAAGGCGAAGCGACCUAGUGAAUCAGAAGUACAGGCCGCUGGGGGCGGGUUGCAUGAACGGUUAUCUGCCCGGUCCAUCACGCACCUUCGCCACCAUGAAACGAAUCCAGCGGACGAGAAUGACUCUUUGCACUCUGGGCCUCGAAAAAUUGACUCGAAUAUGACUACACCAAGAAGCCCAAACUCGGCCAAAAGCAUGUCUUCCAUAAAGCCAGCGUUGAAAAAGACGCCGGCGCCAAUGACCUCACGGAUUUCUCGAACGAUUAGCUUUGCGCUUCGAGGCUUGAGCGCUACUCCCCCGAGAGCCUUGGCGAGCACAGUGGUCAAUGUGGAACAUGCCAGUGCUAUGCCCAUGACGAACCAAAGAACUCCUGCCGGGUCAAUUUCCGAUGCCAGGAGCAUCACUUCUUUGAGCCCGUCAGAAACAGCAUCGACUACAUCAGUCUUCGAUGUACUUUCGACAUCCUCAACACCCGCGAAGUCUUGCCAGACUCCUGCUAAGCCGAUUUCCAUCAAAAUACCUCCCAAAAAUCCACCAAAGGAAUCCGAACAUCCGGAGGAGGCGGGCCCCCAUGGAUCACUGCCGGUGGAAAUGCCAGCGAAUGAAGUCGGUCGGAGCCAUGGUGAAGAUUCUUUGAACGGUCACAAGAUCGAGAUCACUCUCAGUCAUAGUCCACACGAGCCACAUGUGCGGCACUCCCCGAGCAAAGCUUUGUCUCCGUGGGUCCGCUCGGUCAACCCAUGCAAUACCCCUAAAGACGUGCUGCGAGAUACUAGUUGGUUUGGCCGUUGGCAACAUGCGUAUCCUCGCCCUCCACAUGUGGCUGUGGUAAAGUGGAAGAGCUUGAAGUCUCCCGCAGUGCUUCCACUGACGACGGAAGAAUUUCCAACAGCUAGUGUGCUUACUUCAGACUAUCUACAAACACCAUAUCGUGUCUUCCCAAAUGAUGAUCCCGAAGGCAUUGAAGCACCAAAGACGCGCGAAGUACUUUUACGAGAAAUGAUCUCGCUGCGGCUGUCUCAUGGCUUCCAAAUCGUCGUUGGAAGACAUGUGGCCGAAGUGUCCUCACAGCCUGGCCUGGAAUCAUUGAACGUCUUCGAUCUCCGAGGUCUAGAGCGCGAUGGGCUCACAAUGUUUCUCUCCAAGGGCAACACGAUUCACCGACUUGUCUGCAUCCAAGGGGGUGAAGUUGAAGUGACCCGCUUUACGCAUCAAAACUCUGCGGUGAUCGCUUCUCCCAAGAAGCCUACCUUUACUCUCUAUCAACCGGCGAUGAAAACGAUAUUGAGCGCGGAAUAUGAAGUGAAGAAUAUCAAGCUGGAUCCGACCUCCGAGGAGUACAACUGGAACUAUGCCGAUAAUUAUGUAGCUGGUCAUCGAGAUUAUCUCCAAAACCCGGCCCAGCAGCUACACUUCUGGCGCGUCCGUUACGUCUUGAUUCCGCUUCAACUUCAUGCCAAUUCUCGGCGAAAUUUGCAGUUUUCCCAUGAGGAUAACGAGGAAGAAAUUCAUUUGCUGGGGAUCAGCCAACUGACCCAUAUCUGGCAACGAUACAAAUACGUGUCGCCGGAGGAAAAACUUUUCGAGACAUCAAACCCCAAGCGAGACCAGAAUCCUUUGAACAUCAUGUACCAAACACGCAAUCCGUCAGAAAUCGUCGCGGCAGAGCUGGACCGUUUACUACUCACUGAUCCAGGGCUCGACAAUCCCCCUGCUCAGCUCCUACCCGAGUCAGAACUGUUGGAUAGAUCCAGUAUCAGUCUUAUGACAUUGGCGCAAAUUAUCCAAGGCGAAAAGGGCGUCCGGAUGAUGGACCGGAGGUGGCAUUGGAGGUUACACUACAACUGCUUCAUCGGGUUUGAAUUCACAACCUGGCUGUUGCAAAACAUACGUGAUAUCGAUACCCGUGAACAAGCAGUCAAAUUCGGCAACGAGUUAAUCGAUCAUGGCUUGUUCCAACAUGUGGAGAAGAGACACAAUUUCCGAGAUGGCAACUAUUUCUAUCAAGUCUGCGCCGAUUAUCGUGUCACUCGUCCAGAGUCUCGAGGAAGCUGGUUCCCUCACCUUAGACCAGACAAAUCGAUGCCGUCGACACCCGCCGUCGGGACUACCAAGGACUCUCCGGCCAGCCUCAAAGCUCGAUCAGACAGCAUCGACGAGCGCAUACCACACACUCCCAAUACUCCCUCCAAGUCGAAGAACAAAGUCGCAAUCAUGCUGUCCAAAUCCAUGAAAUUCGACGUUGAUCCGCGCAAGCGGUCGAAUCGGCCGGAAGUGGUUGACCUCCACUGGGACCGACUGCAUAAUCCCGAGAAUUGCUUCCAUAUCGAACUCAGUUGGAUGAGCACGACCCCCAAGUUGAUUGAAGAUACCGUGCUUUCUUGGGCCUCGACUGCCGACAAAUUCGGGCUGAAAUUGGUCCAGGUGCCGAUCGCCGAAGCCUGUGCUAUCGACAAGACGCAGCCAUUCCGGAAACCCUACAAGAUCAAACUCAAGGUCCCGCCACCCAAAGGACCAUUGCACACAGUGUUCAACAAUGCGUCGUUUGCGCAACCGGGUCCACCGGAUCGCCUCUACUACCAGAAGGCCAUAUUGCGGAAAUUCGAUUUCGUACUAGACUUCGAAGCCGCCUCUGCAUUCCCAGCAGACGUUGAAGUAUCCUACUCCUGGGGAAAGCCCGAUUAUACUUACCCGCAAUUUAUCCACCGAACCGGAAGCAUCCUUGCACAGAUCACCGACGAAGGCGAUUUCCUCCUCCUUGCGAAUCGGUUGGUGAGUACCCGCAGCACCCCGAGUCGAGACGCAGGCCGUUUCGAGAACCACAAUCGGUCCGACUUCCGAGGCCGUACAGGGAAUCACGAUGGACUAGACCGUGUCUCACCCCGACUUUCUCCAAUUACCCGGCCCGUUCAUGACAUUGGCGGCAUCGGCAGCCCACUUACCCCAUCUGGAUCAGCAAGCACCGACUCAGGAAACCUGUACCGCGCUCCGGAACAUAUUCUUAACGGCCUGGCUGAGUUCUGCAGCGAUGCAGCCCAACUAGAGAAGUUCUACUCGGAGUCGCAUGCUCGUCCAUUAUCUACCAAGGUUGAAUCGACUACCACAAACCUAAUGGACGCAUCGAUCCCAUCGCUCGAGCUUCCUGCCAGCGUAGUCAGUCAUCCUGUCUCGCCGCACCAAGGCUUGCCAUCGCGGAUUUCCCGCGAGUCGCGAGAGGGACUCAUGUCACCGGAAGUUACGCGUGCCAGGGCUCGAGGAGAAAGUCUCAGCUACAAUGCAAGCCCUAGGAGUGGCAGCUUACGACCCUUGAUCUAA